UCGUGUGUCGCAAAAGGCGUCGUUUUCUGGCAGUUGUCCGCCGCCCUGCUAGAAGCUGGUUUGUUAUUUUCAUCUCUGUCAUGGCCUCAGCUCCAGCACAACAGCCGACCCUGACUGUUGAGCAGACCAGAGUGGUGCUGAGUGAGGUGAUCCAGGCCUUCUCGGUGCCAGACAACGCCGCUCGGAUGGAGGAGGCUCGGGAGAGCGCCUGCAACGACAUGGGCAAGAUGCUGCAGCUGGUUCUUCCCGUGGCCACUCAGAUCCAACAGGAGGUUCUCAAAGCCUACGGGUUCAACAACGAAGGAGAAGGCGUCCUCAAAUUUGCCCGACUGGUGAAGAUGUACGAAACCCAGGACCCGGAAAUUGCAGCCAUGUCGGCCAAACUGAAGUCUCUGCUGCUGCCUCCUCUGUCCACACCACCUAUAGGAGGCGCCAUCCCAGCUUCAUAGGAACUCUUUACAUUCAAAUGCUCAACUGCUUUUUUUUUUUCUGUGGCUUUCAUUUAAUGCUUUGGGUCAGUGUGACCAUGCCGCAAUUUCAAAAUCACGUCUAGAGGUUAUAGUCAAUUAGUGUGUUCCAGCAUAACAUUAAACCCAUGAAUUACAUGUACAUUAUGAUUUCAUUUGAAGCAUCUUGUUAAAUUAUUGCUUUUGAAAUGUUUCAGUAUUUAUUUGUUACUCGAUGACCACUUUCUUAUGUCACUGAACUUUAAAACAUUUCCUUUAGUUCCAUAUUUGACAUUCUUUUAUACCAUUUUUAUAUUCUAUCAAAUGUAUCAGUCUUUUUUUUGUUAUACAGUCGGGUCCAAACUGUAUAUUGAUAUUAAAAAGGUUUUCUGUGAA